UCACUAAAUACGGUAUGUAUAGUUUAUCGGUUUAUUUUGUGUCAUUAGCUUCUCUGUAUUAAAAAAAGAUCAUGUUAAACACAUGGAGAGGGCCCAAGAUCUGCUGGUCUGAUAGGUUUAAACGCCCCACCCGGUAAGCCAGAGAUAACGGGCCUCUCUUUAGAUUAAAACCAACUUAAAACACCAAGACGCACGUUUGAGAGGAGUUUAUUCACAUUCACUGCAGGAGCGCGGACGGGCAGUUUAAAGAAGAGGCACGAAUAAAGCCAACCCAAGUCCAUGGAUGAGAAAAAGUCCUCUCGUUUUUAUUUUAUUGGCAAGAAAGAUGAUCUCGUUCAGGCUAAGAGAACUCACGUGACUCUGGACGGAAGGGAUAUACUCAUUAUAUACCAUCAAAGAGUUUUCUAUGCAAUGGACCUGCAGUGUUACCAUGCUGGCAGUACCUUGCUGAAUGGAGAUAUUGAGGAGAUCAACAAGAAGCUCUGCAUUAUAUGUCCAAAGCACAAGUAUAAGAUCACCCUGGCUGAAGGUGAGGGAUUAUACAGGGCCGCCAACCCUGCAGAAAAAGUCAAGCGGUGGUACUCCAAAGGCAUCAAACAGAGAGUACACAAAGUGACGGAAGUGGACGAAGACAUUUUCGUGACGUUAUCGGAUUGCCCGGGGUAUAUUGAAUCAGACUAUUAUCAGACGGAGAAAGGCAGGGCAGAGCUCAGUAAAGCACAUGACUCAGAUAGCGCACCAGAUGCGGAUGCAGAUGAUUAGUUUAGUUCAGGCAGAAUGCAAGAUCCGAGAACUUCGGAAGAAGAGUCUGCACGAAUACAAGUAUGAUAUGACAUCAUGAAUCAGUUUAAUAUUAGUCUCCCUUAUUUUUAAAGUGUCAAGAUUUUACACACACUCUGUACAGUGAGUCAUUGUUAUUCUUUAGGCUAAUAUUCUCAGUCAUUGUUUUUUUGUACAGUUGAGGGAAAAUAUUAAGCUCAUCUUCAGGAUGAAAACGAAGUUUGUGUGAAUCUGACAUUGGACUGUGAGCAUACAAAAGCGGUGGUUUUUCAUUUUUGUCAUUAACAAAUGUUCACUUGUAAGUGCCAGUGUCCCCAAACUAAACUAAUAAAAGACAUUCAAAAUAA